GCAAGGCAAUCAUCAGAAGUAUGCUUCAAGUUAUACUACUUGUACGAGUUUAUGCCGAAGUUCGAAAACCUUGGACGGAAUUCCGGAUUGCACUGUUUUGCAUACUGAAGUAGCCGACUGGGAGUAACUGCCUGACGAGCACACGCUGCAGCGUACAUUGCUACUUCAGUCAGCCGAAAUGUUGUUGUCGAGGCAGUCGAGCCAUGGCCAAACGCAAUGGAGCUGGAACGUGAUACAUCAUACCGCUCACAACUAAGAUAAAGUACUAGGUCAGAGUUUCUUUGCCAUCCAUGGAUGCAUUGUUGCCUGGUUCUCACGACAUGAUGAUCGUGUAGUCCUUACGCUGCGAAAGACUGUCGUUAUCCAUCUGUGCUGGCUGCACCACAGUAGUCUGCAUGCGCCUACGGAACUGCUACCACAACGUCGCCAUAACCUGAUAACCAACGAUGUUUUCGCUGUACAGGAUUCGCGUCACGGGAUGUUUUAUAUACGUUUUAUUGUUCAUAAGGAUCUGUGCAACCGAAAAUGCCAGUCCUCCAUGGCAACUCACGGAAUUCCUGCCUGCCACGCCACCCAGUUCCUGCUCGGAAUUCGCGCACAUCAGGAAUUCCAAGGCAAACAAGAGCGAUGGUGACCGACGCAUUCUUCUGUUGUGCAACGACCAAACUGCGGACGAGCAGAACGGCUUUCGUGGCUUGGAACUGGAAUGCUCGCCACGGGAUGCUCACAAAUGGAGCAGCGAUGGACAGCAGGCGACGGGUUAUGUCGGAGAACAGCUGUUUGCUAUUUCCACGAAAGGCCGCGUUCGAAUGAUAAAGGCGUUCGUGGUAGCCAACCGGUCUUUCGUUGUCGUCCUCAUCGAGCGCAGUUACAGUUUCCUGUACGAAGUCCUCGAGGACGACAAGGGCAUUGUCCAGAUUGUCAAACUGCAGACCAUCCCGUACAAUUACCUUUCCGAUGUCACUGCCGUCUACGUCUCGACGGGCGACGUGUACGUGGCGUUCGCUGCUUUUGAACCGGAAGGCGUCGAUAAGACCCGCCUACAAGACAUGAUCGCGCCCGUGUAUCGUCUGCACAAUGCCCGAUUAAAAUUGUGCGACUUUGCCGGUGUCACGCGCAGUGUGGCGGUGCGUGGUUGGGAACACGAGGGCGGAUUUCCUACUCUGGCGUACGCGGCCUACUUGGAAAAGGAAUCCGAUAAAUCGGCAAUCAACUUCUUUGAUGUGUUCAUGGACGACGAAGGCAGCUGUCGGGUGGCGGAGCGGCAUUUCCAGUCCAGCAUCAAAGAAGUCAAUGAUCGACAACUGUGCGGUAUUCAAUCGAUCGAAGUGCUACAGAAAGAUGCGAUAAAAUACCUGGCCGUUGCCUUGAGUCCCGUCGACCAGAAUCAGGAUUGCGGUCAUAACGCCAUGACAGAAUCGUUUAUUUUCCAAACCGACGACAAGGCGCGACAUCGUUUUAUGGUUGAUCGCUAUAUUCGGUUCCCUGCAGCCCAGACACGGUUUUCGGGAUUCCGCUUAAUCAAAACUUCCUGCAAUGCGGACGUGAUCCAGGCGUUUGGCUACUUUUCUAAGACACUAUUCUUCACGGCGGAGCAGUUUGAAGAUGAUAAGGUCAUCUUCCUGAAGCGCAUUGCAAGGCUGGAUACUCCACCCAAUGUGUGGCAUUCGUCCGUUGGAUACUGCAGUGGACAGCGUGCUUUGUUAGCGUUGUCGAGACCAGAUUUAUUCGGCGUUCCCGUAUUAGAGCUCCACUGCGGCGGGUACGAUGCUCCACAAACCCGCCCCAACAGAAAUCUUCCCGAAGUGAGAACGGAUGCUAGGUCGUAUUACAGCCUCAAAGACAACGAUGAAAACAAUGACCGGCCAGAAAGUGCUGCCUUCCGUAACGUGACCUUUCCGACUUUGCCUGCCUACAUGGACGUCACCCCGGACAAUUAUGUCGAAAAAGUCGAAAAAUCAGAACAUGAGGAUGACGGAGAUGACGCGGGCCGUUCAACAUCUCAUUGGCACGGUAUAGUCUCAUAUAAACUCUGGAAGAAGAAGCAGGGCAAUUCAAAUUCAUCGAUGGUCUCCAGACCAAGCCCGGCUUUCCUUGAACAGAACCAGGCGUCGGAAAUCAUCCAUCCUUAUACCCAGUCGCCGGUGUUCGUAAGUUCCACUGUCGGCGUUCCGCCAGACAUUCCUACUUAUUCAGGAAACACCAGGUAUCAAAAUGUAUCAUUACCGCUCACUCGGCCAUCGUUUCGGACGCUAGGAACCUCACCGAAUCUCUUCUUGAGCCCGUCGAUGCUCAACAAUGGCAGUCCCGUGGGAUCCAAUCGGAUCUCAUCAGGCGACACUGAACCGGAUCCGGGAACGUUAGCAUUCGACCAGAGCAGCGAUCCGCCAACUCUGGCCCACGUCACCUCGGAGCCGGCCCCCAGCUCACAAGAAUACCUCCUUCCGUCCAGCCACAUACCACCGGCCAGCUACGAGCCGCCUUUCUGGUCACAGGACAUUCCCGGUAACACCAGCACCGUCCCGCCCAGUCCGCUGAUCAACCAGCCCCCAGUAUAUCCGUUUCCCGGGGAGAAUCCUCCCAACGCCGAAUCCUACCUGUACCCGAUGUAUCCACCUAACCCGCCGACAGUACCAGUGCGGAGUGAUACCGUUUAUCCGAACCCGUACCCCCAACCGCCACCCGGUAUAUACGAUUUUCCUAAACAGCCACCGAUGUACUACCCCGAAAUGAGCUAUCGACCGCCGUACCUCGAGCAGCGAAUGCCGGAGUAUGGGGCUCCAGCAAUGGGACCAGAACAGGCGAUGAAGGAGAACGGACGAUGGGGUGGUGGAAAGAGUAAAGGGCUGCGACGCUACAAACGCCGAUACAGUGCGCCUGGUUAAGUGGAUAACUUGACGGUUUUCCUUGUUGAAUUGUCUAGAUGGUUUGGUGUUAAUAUUUGUGAUCGUGGUUUUGCUUGUAUGAGGUAAAUCGUUAUUAGAAUAUGUGAUUUUUCAUGCUUUGUUGUGAAUGCCUGACCUUCAGCUUUUAGUAUCUCUUCAUGAGCUGCUUGACAUACUCGUACUUUUUUAAAUUUAAAAUGCGUUGAGAACUUGCUCAGUGACUUUGGAAGCUAAAAAAUAAAA